CAACCCCAAGCUGACGUCAUCUCUCCGCGACACGUCAACGCGCAGAAGAACUCGCCGAAAUCAACUUUUCAUGCCGCAUUUAUGUGGUUUUUCUAGAAGUUGGCGAUAAAAGUGAAAGAUUUUAAUUGUAAUUUGACUGAAUGAAAAUCUUAUUGGGAAAAAAAGGCGCGUACGAACAGUUUGCGAGAAGGCGGAGUAACUCCACAUUAAAAUUGUUUUCUUUUGUCACCAUCUUUCUUUUUACGCCCUGAAAGUGUCUCGUAACAGCAUGAAUGAAGAAGAGCUGGUGGAGAACUUCCGGGCUCAGAUGAGGAACGAUCCGGACGUGGCGUCCGCCGUGGCCGCCAUCCGCACCCUGCUGGAGUUCCUGAAGAGAGACCAAGGCGAGACCCUCCUGGGACUGGGAGAGAGUCUGAAGUGGGCCACGGAUCGUCUGACCGCCGUGGAUUCGUCUGUGGCCUUGUCGUCUGGCGGCGAGCUCUUCCUGCGCUUCAUCAGCCUCACGUCGCUGGAGCACCAGGAUCUGUCCCGCUGCAAGAAGGUGAUGGAGGAACGAGGAGAGCUUUUCUUAGAGAAGAUCUCCAUGUCCAGAAGCAAAGUGGCUAAGCUGUGUCACACCUUCAUCAAAGAUGGCGCAAAAAUCCUGACACAUUCCUACUCCAGAGUGGUCCUCCGCGUGCUGGAAAAGGCGGCGGGCGAGAACAAACGUUUCUCCGUCUUCGUCACAGAGUCGCAGCCCGAUGGCACCGGGCGGCAGAUGGCAGAAGACUUGAGGAAGCUCAACGUUCCUGUGACCGUGGUCUUGGACGCGGCUGUGGGGUACAUCCUGGAGAAGGUGGAUCAGGUCAUCGUGGGCGCAGAGGGCGUGGUGGAGAGCGGCGGGAUCAUCAACAAGAUUGGCACCUACCAGACGGCGGUGUGCGCCAAGGCUCACAACAAACCGUUCUACGUGGUGGCCGAAAGCUUCAAGUUCGUGCGCCUGUACCCGCUCAACCAACAGGACGUGCCGGAUAAGUUCAAGUACAAAGUGGACACGUUGAAACACCUCCCCAACCUGUCCGAGGAACACCCGCUGGUGGACUACACGCCCCCCUCCCUCAUCACCCUCCUCUUCACCGACCUGGGCGUCCUCACGCCGUCGGCCGUCAGCGACGAGCUCAUCAAGCUUUAUUUAUAAACAUCAUUAAACGGCGUAAGAUGG